CCCAUUAGCAACUCAGAAAUUGAAACCCCACUAGCAGCCUCGUAGUGGCAACAAUGGUGGCCAAGAUAUGUACCCUGCUUGUGCUCCUUGCUCUUUCAGCUAGCGCUGCAACUGCCGUCCUUAUUCCGCAGUGCUCUGCCGCUAUUCCCCAGUACCUCCCUCAUGUGACAGCACUGGGAUAUGGAAACCCAAUUGUGCAAUCCUGCAGGCUACAACAGGCUCUCGCGGCAAGCAUCUUAUCAUCACCGGCCGUGUUCUUACAACAACAGUCCGCCCUAUUGCAGCAGCAAUACUUGGCGCAUUUGACAUUACAGAGCAUCAUGGCACAACAACACCAGGUGCUUUCACCAUUCAGCCGACUAUCCUUGGCUAGCCCCGCCGCAUACUGGCAACACCAACAGCUGCUUCCAUUCAACCAGCUAGCCGUGGAGAAUGCCUACUUGCAGCAACAGCAGCUGCUUCCACUCAACCCACUUGCUGUUGGCAACCCCGCCGCCUUCUGGCAACAACAACAGCUACUACGUGUCAACCCAUUUUCUGCGAUGAACCCCGCCGCAUUCUGGCAACAACAGCAGCUAUUGCGUGUCAACCCAGUUGCUGCGAUGAACCCCGCCACUUUCUGGCAACAACAACAGCUACUGCGCAUCAACCCACUUGCUGCGAUGAACCCCACUGCCUUAUGGCAACAACAGCAGCUACUGCGUAUCAACCCACUUGCUACGAUGAACCCUGCCGCUUUCUUGCAGCAACCAAUCAUUGGUUCUGGCCUUUUCUAGAUCAAUUAUGAAUUGUACUUCUAUAAUAAAUAAGGAAGAAGGAAAGUGUUGAUUGAUC